UGUACAACGAACGACAAUCAUCAAACUAUAGUGAUUUUUAGUGCAAUGAAAUUAAUUAUUCUCACCCUACUGGUAGGGGCGGCUAUUCUACCUCUGUGCCAUCCAUUAGAGAUACCAGAGGGAGAUAGACCAAAACGAUCCCUACUUAGAGAUAUCGAUAAUGAUCUUACUGGUUCCGAAAAAAUCUCCAAGAGAUCCUUAUUUAGAGACAGUGAAAACUAUUUAACCGGUGGUGAAAAAAUCUCGAAGAGAUCCUUAUUCACAGACAGUGACAACUAUCUGCCUAGUGCAGAAAAGAUUUCUAAAAGAUCCCUAUUCACAGAAAACGCUGUUGAUCUUCCUGGCGUAGAAAAAAUCUCAAAAAGAUCAGCCGACAGAGCAGAAAGAAGUUUAUACAGUGACAAUUUCAUGAGUUUGACUGGUCUCGAGAAAAUCUCCAAACGUUCAGCUGAUAAUGAAGAUGACAUGGAUACUGCCCCGCAAUAUUGGUUGCCGUUAUUCGCACAAAGGGCUCUGAGGAACAAAAGAGGAGUAGAUGACUCUGAAAUUCAAGACGAAGCAGAAUCUGGUAGGAAUAAAAGAAAUAUUGGAUUCCUUCCAUCUUUUAGCAGAAAAGGUUUCAGAAGAAGUAGAAGAGAAGUUGAUUUAGUUGAUGAAACAGAUGCAGACGUUGAAGCUAGCAGAUCUAAGAGAAAUAUUGGUUUCCUUCCUUCUUUUAGCAGAAAAGGUUUCAGAAGAAGUAGGAGAGAAGCCGAUUUAAUUGAUGAAACAGAUGCAGACAUAGAAGCCAGCAGGUCUAAAAGAAAUAUUGGUUUCCUUCCAUCAUUUAGCAGAAAAGGUUUCAGAAGAAGCAGGAGAGAAGCUGACUUAUUCGAUGAAGUAGAUGCAGAUGAAGAAGCUAGUAGGUCUAAAAGAAAUAUUGGUUUUCUACCCUCAUUUAGUAGGAAGGGAUUUAGAAGAAGCAGGAGAGACGUAGAUUUCGAUGAAGAUGCAGUAGAUGGUUUUGAAGCCAGCUCUUAAAUCAUUUUUGAACAAAAAGUUGUAUAUUUAUCAACAAAAAUUAUGUAAAUAAAUGGUGAAAUGUUACUGGGCUUACUUAAAUUGUUGUAUUUAUUGUAAAUUAAUAGGGUUAAUGAUAGUUAAACAUAUAUGUAUAAAUAUUGUUUUUAUAAAUAAACCUAUCAGUAUUAAUAGAAUGGGUUUUGCUGGUGUAUUAUAUUUAUUAAACAUAAUAAUUACAAAGUUUUUUAUUUUUAAAAGCUUGAUAACUGGAUAAGUAAUAGUUAUUUGAUGUAUUGAGAUAAAAUUUAUAACCAUCAAAAUUAAAU